AUGACUGACGACCGUCGGUUACCGCCCCUGCCCCGCGUAGACCCUUUGCCUCGCGGGCCAUUCAAUCCUUUGGCCUCCAAGAUCUUCGCCCCUAGCCCUCCCAGCUCUCAGGAAUCAUUCCCUGUCAAGUCGCCGUUUCCAGCAUCCGAACACAUUGUUACGCCCCCCUCGCCUGCCAAUUCAGCCGAUAGCUCAUGGCCCGAGUCUCUGCCUUCUCAGAAGAUGUUUGAAUGGCCCCAGGAUCUUUCUUCGGCCGACCUCGUGAACUUGAUCGCCCCAAAGCAUAUUAACCGCAAGCCUCCUCUGCAGCAACUGUGUGGCCGAAAGCGUAAGGGGAGCAUGGUCACGGGCGAAUGUGACGACCAGAGGGAGAAGCACCGCAUUGCAGAGGGCAACCGACGAAAGAACUUGAGCCAGUUACACCGUGAACUGGACAGUCGUAUUCAUGACUUCUUCCUUGAACGGGCCGGGUGGAAUCCAUCUAAGAGUCUUCCCGAGUCGAAGGAACACAUUGUGCAGGGUGCCAUUUUCCUCAUCGAUUUCAUGCUUCUGAUCAUUGUCCACCUUAUUCGCCAGGAAAAUGAGAUGCCUCGGCAGCUAUCUGAGAAGCUUCAGCCUCAGAUCCGGUGUAUGCAGCUUCAGCAGUUGAUCGCCAAUCUCCAGCAGCAGAAUCAGUCCGCUCAGCAACAGAUCAAGUCCUUGAAGCAAGAAAACCAGCUAUUGGAGGAGCGUAACCAGGCGCUUGAGCUCCAGCUGAAAUCCUAUGAACACAUGUUCCGAUCGCCCAAGACCGAACAGCCAAGUCCCCAGCCUCUUACCCAGUUUUCCGAUUCGAGGCCGCGCAACAUGUUGCCUGGCCUACGUGUUUUCUGCGACGAGAUCGCUGUGAAUGGCACGGAGGCCUCCCGCUUCGACCCGCCACACACCGGGUCUUCCCAGUCCUUUUCGCAGAGCUUCCUUAGCCAUUCACCCCCAAUGACCGGGCCUUCGUCCCCGGUCUUCACACAAUCGACUUUUUCGGUUCCCGCGUCGCGGCGCCAGUCCAUUAUUCCGUCACCAUGA